ACAAAAAUAGCGAAAUGACAGCUGUCAUAAUUUAUAAAAAGUUUGUAGAAAAAUAGGUAUUUGUCAUUUUAUUCCUUCAUUGUGUAAUUUUCGUCAUUUAUUUACACAUUUUGCAAUCAUUUUAUAACAUUAAUUGGGCUGGCUUGACCAUAAAAUAUUCCUAACCUCACUUUAAGGUCAGAAGAUGCAAACUGAGUCUUGCGAGCAAGAAUUUAACUGUGGAACAAAAUUUCUGGAAUGUUACAAGUGCAAUUUCUGUUAUUUUCGUACAGAUCUACAGACUUAUCUCUACUAUCAUAACAAAACACAUUUAGAGAAGCCCCCAGAAGGGGGGAUACUAGAACCAAAACUUUAUACGUGCAAUAAGUGUGAUUUUAGGACAUUUUCAAUUUUACAUUAUCUGAGACAUGACUCGAAAUGUGAACUUGUAAAGUCAAGAGAAGGAAAAGUAUUUAACUGCAAUUCGUGUGAAUACAAGACAAAAAAUAGUUGGAAUUUAAAAAGACACUCUCUCUCGCACAUUACUAACAAAUCUGAGAAGUUAUUUCAAUGCAAUUUAUGCGAAUACAAAUGUAAGAAGAAAUGGAAUUUGCGAAGACACGCUUUAAAACACACAACCCCCCAAAACUCUGGAAAAAUCCGAAACUAUGAACAAAAAUUCGCAUGUGAUCAUUGCGAUUACAAGGCCCGAAUUAAACUCGACUUUACAAUGCACCUGAAACAAGUCCACAAUCUCGACGACAAAAUGUACUUAUUUUACUGCAAUUUCUGUCAGUAUAAAACCAACAGUGAAGCCAACUUAACCAAACACUUACUUAAGCACAAAACCGAGAAUGAAACGACUUUAUUUUAUUGCCAUCUUUGUCAGUACAAAACUGAGAAAGAGAGAAAUUUACGAAGACACAUUUCGACAAAUCACGCAGCCCCUGAAACUAUAGUCUCACAUGAGUGCCCCCAAUGCCCCUUCAAGACACGCCAUCAUGUCGAUUUGAAACGACACAUUAUUAGACGUCAUACAGCCCCUGAAACCAUCCAAUGGUACAAAUGCGACCAAUGCGACUACCAAGCAAAGUUCACAUUCGCCCUGAAAAAACACAUCAAGACUAAACAUGUCGCUGUUGCUCUUCUCAAGUCGAAACUUAUCCCUUCACACGAUUGCCCCCACUGUUCUUUCACUACCAGAUAUUCAGGGGAUUUAAAAAGACACAUUUUGCGACGACAUACAGCAAUGGAAGCGAUUGAAUGGUACAAAUGUGACCAAUGCGAUUAUAAAGCCAAGUUGAAAUUCUCCCUGAAACAACAUGUUCACAUGAGACACACAUAUAAUGAGAGUGGUUUCCACCCAUGUCACAUUUGUCCCUACAAAAGUCGAAAUGAAGCAAAUUUAAAAAAACAUCUUAAAACACAUUCAACGAAAACUUUCGAAUGUCCGCAUUGUUUUUUCACGACACGGUUUCAGUAUUUCCUGAAACGGCAUCUCACCCAACAACAUGCCGAGGACGUCAAGUGGUUUCAGUGCGAUCAGUGUGACUACAAAGGGAAGUUUCAGUUUUACUUACAAAAGCACAUGAAAAUACACCAUUGAUGAUUAUUUCAAGUUACUAGUUUUAUUAAACACUUUGUUACAG